CAUAACUUUCCAAAUUUUUCAACUGAGCGGUUGCUGCGCGCGUCGGGUCGAACAAUUCAAAAGUAACUGAAAGGGCCAAGAAAAUCUGAUUUGCGAAUUGUAUAGUGGAUAGAGGCGCAGAGGUGUUUGUUAAAAGUUGAAUGUGCAAGCGUGUGCGUUAUUAAUCCGUUUUGACAUUUUCUCAAAAGUGCGUAAGGAAGAAGGGCAGAGAAGAAGGACCGAGUGAAGAAGCAGCGAAAACGACAGAAGCGAAAAAUUUGUUCGUGACUCGGCGGCUGUUCUGUUCGCUGUUCACUUCUCCCUCCCGUUCGCCGCUCUCUCUCUGUGUGUGUUUGUGUGGUGCGGCGUGUAUGUGAGAGGGCAAAAGGAGAAUUUGCAAGAAGGCAAAAGCAAGAAAGAAACGCCAGAAAAAGAAGCGAGAAGAGAAAUAAAACGCAGUGGCGUGUGAAUCACGAGCAAGCUGAAUCAUUAUUAUAAUUUUUUUUGGCAAGCCCCAGAGCCAAAAGAAAUUGUUUAUUGCUGAAAGAGCACAGAUAUCCCCCAGAGAGACAAACAGAGAGAUACUAUACAGCGAAAUGGAGCACGAGGACAACGCUCAGUUCGAUAAUUACUUGAACCGCUUUGCGGAGAAUAUGCAGCAAAUCGCUGGCGGUGCCGGCAAUGCUGCCGAUGUUGCCGGCGAGCUGGUGCCCAACAUCGCCACCGCCUCCGUUAAGUCGGGCGAGCACGAAGACGACGAGGAGUGGAAGUACAGACGUGAAGUGCAGCAGAGCGAAAAGCAACAGCAGCAGCAUCUUGGCGGCUUCGGCGAGGAGGAUUUCGGCGCUAACGUGGCAGGAAAUGGCAACGGCAAUGGCUUUGGCCACCACGAGGCAGAGCUGCUGAUCGGCAACGGGCUGGGCAAUGGCGGUGGAGCUGCCGCUGGCUUUAGCCUGGUCUAUGAGGACGAGGACGUGGAAGUGAUCAAGAACGAUGGUGACUUCUCGACAAACUCCAAUACCACAACGUCGACCGGUGAGGUGGCUGGCCUGGAGCGUCCGGAUCAGCAGCAGCUGCUGCUGGAGCCACAACAAGAUCUGCUGCAGCAGCAGCAGCAGCAGGAGCUGCUCCAUCAGCAGGAGGACGAGGAUGAGGCCAGCUCAGUGGCCACCACAUAUGGCACCAGCAGCCUGAGCGAGAACAAUCCCACGCCGCUGGAUCAGGAGGUGGUGGGUGGCCAGCAGGAGGAGCAGAGACACGACCUGCUCGAUGCCUUUGACAACAAGGAGAACAACGAUCCCGAUGUCGACGCCGAAGAAUCUCACUCGCAACUCAAUCCCAAUGCCGUUGCAUUUGUGCCCAGCUUUGGCUCCCAGCCAUCAUCACCAUUGCCCAUGGAGGCCGAUCCUAUGCUGGGCCUGAAUCCACGCCAGCUAAUCGGUGGUGGCCUCGAUGACAUGGUGGCGGAGAGCCCACGCAAGGGCUCCGCCAGGGACAACAUGGACGCCAUUGCCGUGCCCGACGAGCGGGAGUUUGACAUUGAGGCGGACAAGCGUCCACAUGAGCUGGAGCAGGACAACGAUGUCUUUGCUGAUGGCAACCUGGAGCUGCAGCUCUUGAAUGGCGCCGGCUCUGGCAGUAUCCUGGGCGCUGCCCCGGUUCUCGAGGAUGUCCUGGAUCACGGCCCAGAGACCAGCGUCGACUUGGACCUGCCCGUGGACCACAUCACCGCCAGCAAUGACGACAUCAUGAAGCAGUCGGUCUAUGGCGAGCACAAUGCCUCCAUAGAGGACAUACUCAACUCGGUGCAGCCGCUGCCCACCCAGUCUGAUUUCGCCGAGAAGGAGCUGCUCAAUGUUGAGGAGAAGGAACAUGUCUCGCAGUCACCCUCCACGGAAGAGCUGCAGUACCAGGCCAACGACGACCAGGACCAGAUACAGGUCCAACAUCAGCAGCAGUUGUUUGGCUCUGCUCCCGAGGACCCAAUGCAGGCCUCAUUCUAUCUGGAGCACACUUCCAGCGAGGCCCUUCAGCAGCAGCUGCACCAAGAGGAGAAUGUUGAGCAGCUGCCCCGCGACUCUUCCGAUCCCUUUGCCGGGAACGUGAACAACCAGAGCUUUUUGCUGGACACCAGUGCCCCAUUGUUCAGCCCCGAGGAAAUUGCGCCCGUGUCCAAUCUGGACGCCGGUGCACCGAUAUUCAGCCCCGAGGAAAUUGCGCCCGUGUCCAAUCUGGACGCCGCUGCACCGAUUUUCAGCCCCGAGGAAAUUGCGCCAGUGUCCCAUCUGGACGCCAGUGCACCGAUAUUCAGCCCCGAGGAAAUUGCGCCCGUAUCCAAGCUGCAGCUGGAGCUGGAGCCGGAGCAGCAGCAAGCCGAUAUUGUGGACAUUACACCGUCGCCGCUCUCCUCCACCGAGGAGAAGCAUCUCGUCGAGGACACCAAGGAGGCAUUCGAGCAGGAGACUCCAUUGUUUGAGCCCGUUGUCGACGCCGGAGCUCCCCCACAGGUGGAGGAGUACGCUGCCUUCAAUGCAGCUUCCGGCUAUGAGGCUCAACGCGCCCAGGAGGAGGUGGAGGAGGAGGAGGCGGAGGAGGAGGACUUUGCCCCGUCACCGGGAAUCAAUCCAUUUGCUGCGCCAUUCACGCCCGCACACUUGGCCGAGGAAGUCAUCGUGGCCCAAGAGCAGCAGCCGGCUAUUGAGCAACCGGAAAUACAGGAAAACUUCAACGAGCUGCAAUUGCAAGAGGAACCCAUCGAGGAGGAGUACAAGAUUAGCCCUGAGCCAGCAGCUGCCACCCCCGACUUUGUUGCUGCUGCGGCUCCAGCUGAGGCUGCUGCUGCACCCUUUUUCAAUGGCUUCGAGAGCAACGCGACCCCGGAGCCAGCUCUGCUGGAGGAGGAGUUUAAGGAGCCAUCGGUGCUGCUCUUCGCUGAACCAGCUGUGGAGGCACCAGCUCCGCCCGAGCCCGAGCUGCCCGUCUCUGAUGUAAUUUCCGAAGAAGUUAAACCCGUUUCACAUGCAUUUGACCUGGACCUGGAUAAGCCAGUGGCUGCAGAAGAGCCCAUCCCGGUGGCCGCCAGCGAACCCGUCGCAGAGGAGCCCCAGCCCACUGUCGAAACUCUUCCUGAGAUUCAGCCAGAACCUGUGGUCGCCGCUGUUGGUGUGGUGGCUGCUGCUGCAGCCGCUGUUGCCGGCACAGCUGUUGCCGCAGCAAAGGCCAAGGGCAAGCCAAGCCCCACUGAUGCCAAGAAGCCGGCUGCCAAACCUGGAACCACUUCGGCCGCUUCCAAGCCCAAGCCAGCAGCCCCAGCUGCGAUCAAGAAAACAACAACGAGCAGCUCCACAACAGCAGCAGCCGCAGCACCCAAGGUGGCUGCCGCACGCCCUCGCACGGCACCAGUGGCCGCCAAGCCCUCAACUGCAUCGACAGCUGCCAAACCGGCGACAACGGCCCGCAAGCCGUUGACCAGCUCGGUGGGAGUUGCUGCUGCUGCUGCUGCCAAGCCGGCACCCAGGACCACAACAGCCAGUGCACGGCCAGCAACAGCUCCGGCCAGCCGCAAGCCCUUGGGCAGCACUUUGACCAAGACGACGACCAGCACAACGACAGCCGCACGCAGCGCUGCUGGCGCUAGCCUUACGGCACGCAAGCCGACCUCGACCAAUGGCACUGGUGCCAGCAGUGCUGUCCUGGCCAAGUCACGUUCGGCGCCCACUACCAGCGCUGCUGCACCCAAGCCGAAGGUGCCGUCGCCUCGCAGCGCCGCCUCUACUACUGGCGCUGGCACAGUCCGCAAGACGGCUUCUGCUGGUUCCACAACGACUGCUUCCUCGCUGAGCGCUGCUCGUAGUCCCACAAAGCCGACGACCAAUGGACUGGGCAGGAGCACCGCAGGCAGCAGCACCACCACUCGCGUGAAGUCAGCCACAACAGGAAACGGCAGCAGCACAGGCGGCACCACAACUACUACCACAUCGACCACAAAGACUUUCACAGCACGCCCGGCACCCAAGUUCACGCAUUCGACGGCCAGCGGUACCACCAGCAGCAGCACCACCACCACCACCACGCGACGCUCCCUGUUGGCCCCGAGCUCGACCACGACUACAGCACAGCGCAAGUCUUCGCCCCUGAAGCCCAGCAACAACACGCUCAGGGCAUCGCCACUGAAGUCGACCGGAAGCGCCGCCACCACACCGCUGAAACCGAAAGCCAAAGAAACCGCAGCCGCUUCCAAAGCCUCUCCGGCCGCUAUAAAGGCGCGCAAGGUGCCCACCCCGAUGAAGGCUGUCAAUCCUGGGGCCCCGAUUAGGAAACCAGUACCGGCUGAGACGGCCCCAGCCACCAAUGGAGAGGAUCAGCAGCAACAGGAACAGCAGCCCAUUACCCAGAAUGGCAACGGAUCACAUGAGCCAGAGGUCGUACCGGAGGUGGUGUUCCCAGUAUCCCAGGAUCAGGAGCAGGCACCAGCUGCAGCUGCAGCUCCACCCGCUGAGGUGUCCCUGCUGGAUUUCUAAGGGAGCAGCGCCAAUGGGAGAGAAAAAUCGAGAACUACUUUACUAAUAUUAUAAACAUAUUAAGCGAAAGUAUUUUGUGCGAGCGGAUAAGCAGAAAAGCAAAAGAAGAAAAAAAUAAGAUGGGGAUGAAAAUGCGAAAAAACUUUGAGAGAGAGAAAAAAUCGAACCCAAAUUGUGAAUUGUGGGCCCGAGGCCGAUGCUCCCAAUCGAUCCGAUCUAUUUAUAUAUCGACUACGAUUUCGAUUUCUUUAUAGAUAUUUAUAUAUAUUAAAUGUAUUUUAUUAAAACGAAAACCCAGAGCGAAAGUAACGUUUUGUGCUAUUUUGUGAAGGUUUUUUUACUACUGUGGCAAAAUGAUUAUAUGGUGUGCUCUGUUUUUUCUCGCUCAUUUAUUUCAGUUUUUUUUAGCAAUUGUUCCUCACACGCUCUGUUAUUUUUUAUUUUGCUCAUGUGCUAAGCGAAAUUUUUGUAUUGCUCUGAACGGCGGCACCCAUGCGCAUCGCUAAAAAAAAACCCCACACACAAAUAAUUGUCAUUUCUUCAAAAUUUUUAAAGGAAAAGAAAAAACGCAAUUACGAAAGGA